AAUUGUCGGUCAUUAAAAGUGAAAACCCAGCUUCAAAGAUCUUUAAUUUGCCCGCUCAAACACUCCACAAUUCCCCAAAUUCAAAGUUCAGUUCAGUUCAUCAAAAUCCAUUUCUUGUUUUCAUUAUCAUCCUUCUGUUUUCUUCCAAUUUCCAGAUCUACUUGAAAAAACCAAGUUGAAAUACCUUUUCUCUCGAGCUUGACAGCCUAAGAGGAAAACAAGAGAAACCCAAAGUUUUAAAUCGAAUCAAUUAAAGCAACACCCUCUGUUUCUGAUUGAUACGAAUGGCAUCCUCUGAUUCUACUCCUCUUCCUGUCAUCUCUGCUUCCUUAGCUCCAGUAGGUUCAAAAAUUGCGGAAUUGAAUGAAUCAAGGACUGAGCUGCUCAAUAGAAUUCAAGGAUUGAAACAGGAUCUGAAAAAUUGGAGGUCAAAGCUUGACACCCAAGUUAAAAUUUAUCGAGAUGAGCUCAGUGAACUGAAGAAAACACUUAACGUUGAAGUGGAGCAACUCCGUACGGAAUUUCAAGAACUGAGGGACACUCUACAUCAGCAACAUGAAGAUGUUACAGCUAGCUUAAGAAAUUUAGGGCUGCAGGAUGUGUCAGAGAGUGCAAAAGAGGCUGACGAUCCUAAGGUUGAAGGAAAGGAUGAGGAAAUGCAUACUUCAUCCGUAAAGGAAAAUGGCAAGGAAGAGAACAAAUAGAUGGGUUUUAUCAUGGAGUAUGCGUUAUUGUACUUAUAUAUACUUUUCAUUGUGUUGUGAACUUUUAUCAUGU